ACGGCGCGGCGCACACGCGAUGGCCGCCGCCGCGCAAUACUUGCCGCGCUCCGCCGCGCUCAUGCACCCCGACGGGGACCGGCUGCACCAGGGCACCACGUACCGCGAAGUGCAGAAGAUGAUGCACCACGAGUACCUGCAGGGACUGGCCCCCGCCGCCGGGCACGCCGUCGGGCUGGCGCACCACCAGUGGCUGCCCAGCGCCGGCACGGACUGGGGCAGCGGUGGGGGUGGUGGGGGCGCGCACCUUCCGCCCGCCGAGCACGCCAAGGGUGGCCCGCCGGGGCCCCGCGAGGACCUGUCCGCCGCCGCUUUCCACCACCGCCCGCACCUGGUGCACCAGCCGGCGGCGGGCAGCGCGGCGGGUGGCUGGGCGCAGGGCGGUGCGCACCACCUGCCGCCCAUGUCACCGCCGUCGGGGCAGCCGCUGCUCUAUGCGCAACCCUAUGCGGGCCUCAACGGAAUGCUGGGCCCGCCGGCGCCAGCGCUGCACCACGGGUUACGCGACCCGCUGGGCGCCGAGGAGGCGGGCGGCCACGAGCUGGCGGCCUCGCCGCCGCCGCUGGGGCCUCCCGAGCCGUCGGACGAGGACGCGCCCAGCUCCGACGACCUAGAGCAAUUCGCCAAGCAGUUCAAGCAGCGGCGCAUCAAGCUGGGCUUCACGCAGGCCGAUGUGGGGCUGGCGCUGGGCACUCUCUACGGCAACGUCUUCUCGCAAACCACGAUCUGCCGGUUCGAGGCGCUGCAGCUGAGCUUCAAGAACAUGUGCAAGCUGAAGCCGCUGCUCAACAAGUGGCUGGAGGAGACGGACUCCAGCACGGGCAGCCCCACCAACCUGGACAAGAUUGCGGCACAGGGCCGGAAGCGCAAGAAGCGGACGUCCAUCGAGGUGGGCGUCAAGGGCGCCCUGGAGAACCACUUCCUCAAGUGCCCCAAGCCCUCGGCGCACGAGAUCACCUCCCUGGCGGACUCCCUGCAGCUGGAGAAAGAGGUGGUGCGGGUCUGGUUCUGCAACCGGCGGCAGAAGGAGAAGCGGAUGACGCCGGCCGGGGUCCCGCAUCCCCCCAUGGAGGACGUUUACGCACAGGCGGACACGUCGCCGUUGCACCACGCGCUGCCCGGCGCCGUGCAGUGACUGCCCGGCCCCCCGCGGCCCCGACGGCGGCGCAGCGGGCGCGGGCAGCGGGGGACGCGCUUUAAUUUAUUCUCAGACUGGCCCGGCCGCCCGCUCCGCGCCCCGCGCUCUAUUUAUUCGCCCGCCGGAGCCGCAGCGGCCGCCGCAGCAGUAGCCAAAGGUUUGCGAUCUCUAAUUUAUUCCCUUCCUCGCGCAGCCGGGGGGCGGCGGCGUCCCCGGCUCGGCCCCUCCCGCUCUGCCCGGCCCGCCCGGGGGGACACUUCCAAACCAUUUCCCGGCCCGUCUCUAUUUAUUUCUAACCGUGCGCGGAGCUCGCACCCUCCCGUUGGUGGGUUCAGUCCGGUCCAUUCCCUUGGGUUUCGGUUUUUGUUUGUAUCUCUAUUGCAAAACCAAUGUAGACUGCGAGGGUACGUUUCUAUUUAUGUUAUAGUAAAUAUUUUAUUACUUACAUAAACCAUUUACCCAGGAACCGGUCUCGUGUCGUCUUUGCAGGCUCAGCGCCCGGCCGGGAGCGGUGCUGCCGGGGGAGGCUGGCCGUCGGGGCCGGUGGCGGCGCCGCUGCCUUGGCGGGGCCCCGCCGAGCUCCCCUGCGGCGGCCGCCGAGCCCCCCCGAGGAGCCCCAUCCCGGGCGCGGGCGGUGCGGUGCGGUUCGCACCAGCGGUGCUCGGCGGGAUUUGCCCGCCCGGUGCUCUUGUGCCCUGCCGUGUCCCCGCACCUUCUGCAGUGUUUUACCGAUCCGAGCGUAACUCUCCGCAGUGUGAGCAGAAAACAGCCCGCACGUAACUUUUCUCCCACAUAUCGCAGCGGUAAUACGUGCACACUGGUGUUGCUAAGUAGAUUCCUUCUACUCAAACCACGCUCUCGGGUUUUCUGAUGUCACCAGCUUUCCUUUUCGUGGUUUCAUGCCCGAAUAUUUUGUGGUUAUGCCAAGAAAGGCUGAAAGUACAGGGUUUUCAUUCUCAUUUCUUGGGGGGAAUGGUCCUGCACCUUUACUUUAAACCUUCUCUUGCAGCACCAAGAAAAGUUGCAUGUGAGGGUUGUUUGCCUUUGCAGGUCCUUGGAUUCCUGCGGUGUUUUGUGUGUUGGGAGAACUUUUGAAAUAUGUUCCCAUACAGAGGUCUUGCACUGAUUAAAUACUUCAUUGAAAUCUCAUAGUAAAGAACCAAAUUCUUUCUUUUUAGUUGGCAAAGAAUUUACUAAUGUUCUCGGACAUCUGGCACUGGAUAGUUUCCCCACUUUACUCAGUACAAAUUAUGUGCUGUGAAAAUAGAAGCUUUAAAAGGGAUUAUUUUAUCAAAAGCGCUGCAUUGUGCAUUGCAAUUUGUGUAUAAUUCUUUUUAAUAUAUAUAAAAAAUUCUAACAUUCCAAAUGUAACUUACUCUUGAAAAUUUAUACUUGAAAAUUCUUGUCUUCGCAGCAGUUUGAUUUUUUUGCAUUUUGUGCCUUUGGUGGGGGUGUAUAUUACUUGUCUAAGCAAUGUCACAUUUGCCAUUGAUAAUGUUAUAAUUUAUUUCAUUUUCAAUGUUUCUUAUAAUGUAGCUAUUCUGCAUCAGCUAAUAUAAGACUAUCAAGUUCUCAUUCAAAAUUCUAGUAAACUGAUUUUUGAGAUUUUAAAAUAAA